AUGAGUGAUCAGUAUAAUUUAGAAAGUCAGGAAGCAGUUCAUACUAAUGUUGAGAAUGAGGCUGUAAGUUUAUUUAAAGGAAAAGUUCUAACAAGCUGGGAAACUUGUAAUUCGUUUAUAACUGAAUGGGCCAGAAAAAGAGGCUUCAACAUUAUUAAAGACCGUGUUCAUUGUAAAGAAAAUGUGAUUAGAAGAAGAACUUAUAUUUGUGAACAUGGACGUAAUUAUGAAACAAACUCCGAAAAGGAAACAAGUACUAAAAAAAUUUUGUGCAAGUGGCAUGUUAACGCGUCUUGUCCUAAACUAAAAAACCCCAAUUCAGCUAUUUUCAUUAAUACCAUCGUCGAUGAGCAUAACCACCUCCUUAAUGUUGAUGCUAUUACAUUUGAAACUGAAAAGAAAUUCAGUAUAGAGAUGAUUGAAGAUGUUAAAUUCCUAACACAACAUUGCAAAAUGGGAUCAAUAGCACAAAUGAAAUAUUUAGAGGGGAAAUACCCUGCCCAUCCAAUAUACAAAAAGGAUUUAUAUGCUAUAAUUAGGAGUUUUCGUCCUACAACUAUGUCUCUUAUGAGUGAUGCUACUCAAAUGUCAAAUUGGUUGGAUUCACAAAAAGAAAAAGAUCCUAGAUAG